AUGGCCACCGAAAGCACUGGCACGCACAAGGACCCCGUUACGGGGGAGAUGAUCUCCAAGCAGGAGCUCAAGCGCCGUGAAAAGCAGCGGGCGAAGGAGGCCAGCAAGGCUGCGAAGGCGCAGGCUGCCCCCGCCGCUACGGCAAAGCCCAAGGCGGAGAAGUCGGCAGCAGCGGAGGAGGAGCAGCUGAACCCCAACCAAUACUACGAGAUGCGCUCGAGGGCGAUCAUGAAGCUCAAGGAGACCCAAAACCCGAACCCGUACCCCCACAAGUUCCACGUCUCGCGCUCGAUGACCUCGUACAUCGCUGAGUACGGCGCCGAGGGCGUCAUUGCGAACGGCGACAAGCUUGAGGGAAGGGAGGAGCGCAUCGUCGGCCGCAUAUUCAGCAUGCGCGCCAGCAGCUCCAAGCUCCGCUUCUACGACAUCCACAGCGAGGGCCAGAAGGUGCAGGUCAUGGCGAAUGCGCAAGACGCAGAGGACCCCGCCAAGUUCGAAGAGGUCCACGAUAUCUUCCGCCGCGGUGACAUCGUCGGUGUUGUCGGCACGCCAAUGCGCACCAAGAAGGGCGAACUCUCGAUCGCGCCCAAGACCAUGACCCUCCUCGCACCCUCCCUCCACCAAAUCCCUACUUCCCACUUCGGUCUCAAGGACCAGGAGACUCGCUACCGCAAGCGCUACCUCGACCUCAUCAUCAGCCCGAACACCCGCAAGAUCUUCGUGACCCGCAGCCGGAUUGUUAACUAUAUCCGUCGCUUCCUGGACAACCUUGGCUUCAUGGAGGUCGAGACACCCAUGACCUCCAUGAUCGCCGGAGGUGCCACUGCGAAGCCCUUCGUCACUCACCAUAACGAUCUCAACCUCGACCUCUUCCUCCGUAUUGCUCCUGAACUGUAUCUCAAACAGCUCGUUGUCGGUGGCCUCGAUCGUGUCUACGAGAUCGGGCGUGUCUUCCGUAACGAAGGCAUCGACCUCACGCACAACCCAGAGUUCACCAUCUGCGAGUUCUACAUGGCCUACGCGGAUAUGUACGACCUCAUGGAUAUCACCGAGGCGAUGAUCGAGGGCCUCGUCAAGUCCUUGACCGGCGGCACGACCCUCGAGUUCUACCCUGAUGGCAACGCCGGUACCGAAGGCGCGCGCGUCUUGAACCUCAACUUCCAGCGCCCGUGGAAGCGGUACGACAUGAUCGAGACCCUCGAGGAGAAGCUCGGGGUCAAGUUCCCGCCUGGCGAGACGCUGCACACGGAGGAGGCGAACAAGUUCCUUCGCGAGCUGUGCGUCAAGCACAACGUGGACUGCAGCGAGCCGCGUACGAACGCGCGGUUGUUGGACAAGCUUGUGGGCGAGUUCAUCGAGCCAUUGUGCAUCUCGCCUGCCUUCAUUGUUGGCCACCCGCAAGUCAUGUCCCCGCUGGCGAAGUACCAUCGCUCACGUCCGGGCUUGUGCGAGCGCUUCGAGGGCUUCUUGUGCGGGAAGGAGAUUUGCAACGCCUACACGGAGUUGAACGAUCCCUUCGAGCAACGCUUGCGCUUCGAGGAGCAGGUGCGCCAGAAGGAGGCCGGCGAUGACGAGGCGCAGGGCAUCGAUGAGACCUUCGUGGAUGCUCUUGAGCAUGGUCUGCCGCCUACCGGUGGCUGGGGUAUUGGUAUUGACCGGCUCGUCAUGUUCUUGACGAACUCAACCAACAUCAAGGAGGUCUUGCUCUUCCCGGCGAUGAAGCCGCUCGAGCAGGGCGCCCCGCCUCCGGGCUUCACGGUCGAGCCGCAGCCGGGUGGGCAGGUUUGA